UUAGAAACUCCAGACCGGAUGUGUCCGUGUUGUUUUAUUUUGAAACUCCAGACCGGAUGUGUCCGUGUUGUUUUAUUUUGAAACUCCAGACCGGAUGUGUCCGUGUUGUUUAUAUGUGGUUCUCUCGCCGACCUUCCUCUUCACUCUGAUCCGACUAUGAGCGCUCCUCCUCGGUCUCAGUGGUUGCUCCUCCCCGGUCUCCUCCUGGUCCUCCUGGACCUCCAGGGUCUCCUCCCGGUCUCCGGCUCCCCGUCCUCCGGCUGCAGGCUCCGGAUCCCUCCUCACGACCAGGUGGCCCGGGUGGCUCGGUUCGUGGCUCAUCAGUGUGACUGGGCCUCCAUGGCCACCAUCUCCAGCCACCAGCCGGUGAUCGGUCAGCCGUUCUCCAACACCUUCUCGGUGAGCGACGGACCGGAGGGACCGGAGGGCUCCGGGACCGGACAGCCCUACCUCUACCUGACCCGCAUGGAGAUCUCCGUGCAGGACCUGCAGGUGAACUCUGCAGCGUCUCUGUCCAUGUCUCUGGCUCAGACAGAUUACUGCCGUCAGCAGGGCUUCGACCCUCAGAGUCCUCUCUGUGCUCACAUCAUCCUGUCUGGAUCCGUGGUGGAGGUGAACGGGACGGAGGCCGACUUCGCUAAGAAGUCUCUGUUCAGUCGACACCCGGAGAUGAUCGACUGGCCGUCUGACCACGACUGGUUCUUCUGCAAGUUCAACAUCACU